AUGGUUGCAUUUCUGCUUGCGGCAUUCUAUGCCGCCCGUCUUACAUUGAGCGCGCCUAUUGCGAGGGAUGACAGCAGCGUGAGGGCGCCUUUACGGUUCACCGCCGAUGGCACUUUCCAGAUAUCGAUUCUCGAGGACCUGCAUUUUGGUGAGAAUGCCUGGGAUACCUGGGGCCCGCAACAGGACAUCAACUCAGUGAAAGUCAUUAAUGAAAUCCUGGACAAGGAGGCGCAACAGCUCGUUGUCUUGAACGGCGACCUGAUCACCGGCGAGAACGGCUUCCUCGAGAACAGCACGGUUUAUGUGGAUGAGAUUGUAGCGCCCCUUGUCAACCGCGGCUUGACAUGGGCAUCCACGUAUGGCAACCAUGAUAGCGCAUACAACCUGUCUCGCUCGGCCAUUCUCGAGCGUGAGCAUCGGUGGCCGAAUGCUCGCACACAGCAAAUGGUGUUCGACACUAAUGCUGGCGUCUCGAACUACUAUCUCCCUGUCUACCCGUCCGGCAGUAGCACCACGCCUAGCCUCAUCCUGUGGUUCUUUGACAGCCGAGGUGGAUUUCUCUACCAGAAGCUGGACUCUUCCGGCAAUGAAGUUGGUCAGCCAGACUGGGUUGACCAAAGCGUCGUGGAUUGGUUCAAGGCUACCAACACCAACUUGACGAAGCAAUACGGUAACGCCAUCCCGUCUCUGGCCUUCGUACACAUCCCGACAAACGCUUCACAAGCGGCGCAGACCGAAGCCGGCAUUAACCCAAACUAUCAGCCAGGCAUCAACGAUGAUUAUAUCCUUGCGGGACAGGCUCAGGGUUGGUGCGCGGAUGGAAGUAACGACGCCAGCUGUACCUACGGCGGUCAAGACGUGCCAUUCAUGGAGGCGCUGGUAUCGACGCCCGGUCUGAUGGCCGUCUUCUCCGGUCAUGAUCACGGCGACUCUUGGUGCUACAAGUGGGACACGCAAUUGCCGGGCAUGAGCGUCAAGGGCAACGGUCUCAACCUUUGCUUCGGCCAGCAUACUGGGUACGGCGGAUACGGCAAUUGGAUAAGAGGUUCGAGACAGAUAUUCAUCACCGAGGCUAUGCUCAAGAGCCAGGAAGUCGAUACCUGGAUACGGCUCGAGUCUGGCGAUGUGGUUGGCAGCGUAACGCUGAACUCGACCUACAACCAUGACUAUUAUCCGGCGACGCCUGAUACGAUGACAUACUGUCUGACAUGUAAGUAG